GACACAGAUGUCUCCGGAAACACUACAGCAACAGUAUUACAUCAGUUUGGGGACAAUUAUCGUUUACGUGUACAAGCUCAGGUGCAGCAAAACAAAAUUGUUGGAGCUCAAGGGGGGAUUGAAAGAAGAGGUCGCUUAACCACAUUUGGUCUAACGUUUGCCAAUACUGAUCUCGUCAACGAGAGUGGUGUAAUUGUCGGCCAGAUGUUGCGGAAGUUGACGAACAGACUUGACGUUGGUGCUGAAAUUCUGUAUCAGUACGGAAAACAGAUCCCAGGCCAACAAGUAUCUAUGCUGUCAUAUGGAGCUCGCUAUACAACACCGAUAUGGACGGCGGCAGCUACUCUUGGUUCUUCAGGUGCUCAUUUCACGUAUUAUCACAAGCAAGCUGAGAAUCUCGCAUUCGGUGUAGAAUUUGAGAGCAAUUCCAAUGUUGGAGAGGUAAAUGAUUAUUAUGUGGAUUAA